AUGGAUCAGAAUGUAUCGAAGAAGACGCGGACUGCUGAUUCGACUGGUACGGGAAAUGGCACAUAUAUGAUGAAUAAAAAUGCUGAAAGAGCUGAUAGAGCCAGACGGCGAAGCGAGCGGUUGAAUGGUGUCCGUGGUGGUGAAAGCACCAAUAUUACCACUUAUCCGGCACAACGAAGGGAUUACAGUCUUGAUGAUGCUGCUGGGUCGGAUGCUGCCUACUCACCCUCACGAUCAGAAUCAGAAGCAUUAAAAGCACGUUCGACAAAAAGACGUAGAAAGAACUAUGUUGCGCCACCAGCAUCGCCAACGCCGCCGUCACCAGCAUCUCCACCUCCAACAAUAAGCCCUGCACCUCCAUCUACAUCUGCACCUGCAUCUGCACAGUUAGCACUUUCUGCAUUACCAACCUCAACAAACCUCAACAAAGUAGCCUUCGCAUUCAGCUCAUCGGAUGUUAUCUACCACCUCCCAAUCGACGAAUGCACUUCAAGCAGAUACCUCUUCGGAAGAGCAAGGGAUUUCUUAUGGACACUUGGUCAGGAGCUGGCCACUAGGUUUCUUAUCUGCCAGGUCCCUUCAGAGGGUAAACGGAGGAUGUUGUAUGAGGGGGAUGAGAUAGGUUUCAAAUGGCUUCUGAAUGAUGUGGCGAGCUUACAGAGCAAAAAUUUGCGACUACGACGGGAUAACCGGAUUGCACGCUGCUGGUCAAAUCGCGACGCGCAGUUCGGAUAAUUUGUUUUUCUUCGCUUGAUAGCCGUGCUCUAUUAGAUAUAUAUAAAGCAAAGCUGGGAAGAAGAGAGAUUGUAGAGAGAUGAAUUAGUGAUCGCAGUGCGGAG